AGUUAACCGAAGUGGUGUAGAAAUUACGCAAUACGUCCGAAGUUGUUGUUCGUCCGAGCAAUGUACCAGUGAGCUGUCAGCCUCAAGAGUGCUGGAAAAUUCAUUAUGCCCACAACUGAUGCCCGUCCCAACAACAAUGGAACCACUACGGCAGGCAAUCGACGUUUCGAAAAGCCAGCCGACGACGAAUGGAUUACUAGUGGCGGAUUGGGUUCGAAAGAUGCCGUUCUGGUGUUUCGAACAACGGUUUUAAAUUCCCGACCACAGCAACAACAUGUAAGUCGUUCUAGUUCGAGCGGAGUAUGUGUUAAAGGGGACGAAGAGGAACGGGAAACAUCGCCGGAAAAGAAUGUAACAACAUUGAGGAAAGAAAACGCCAAAAGCAAAUCCACAUCUAGCCUUAGCUCCAGCAGUGGCAAGGUCGAACGUAACAAUUCUAACGAAUUACAACAACGAAGAAUCGGAUCAAGCAAUCGUAGCUCCCCAAUUAGCAAACAGAAACGAUGUGUUGUCUCAAUACCAAAGCACUUAGACAAAAAAUUAUGGGAUUCUAUGUCAUCUAGUGAUAAUUCCAUAUCCAGUGAUGGCAAUGAUUCGGAAGACAAUGAAAAGGAGGUGUCGGGUAAGAGGUCUUUUGAUGACAGACCGCGAAAGAAUGUCCCCCAAACGACGGAAACCGAACUUGACAAUGAUAACGAACAGGAACAUGAGCACGAUAACGAUGGUGAGGUCGAUCACACUCCUGCCGCCCUGGAUAUGCCUGCCACAAACCUCAAGAUGACCUAUAAAUUUCUUCAAACCGAAACAAAGUUACUGCGUAAAAUAUUCGCUAGACAUGGCCUUACCGAAGCUGAGGACGACGACUCAUUUAGCAUUCUAUGGACUGGAAUACACAUGAAACCUGAUAUGUUAAGAAAUCUAUCCCCAUAUCAAAGGGUCAAUCAUUUCCCACGUUCGUACGAGCUGACACGCAAAGAUCGUCUCUACAAGAACAUCGAACGUAUGCAACAUCUGCGAGGCAUGAAACACUUUGAUAUAGUGCCACAAUCAUUCUUAUUGCCUUUGGAGUAUAAGGAUCUGGUGACGGCUCACAACAAGUGUCGCGGUCCGUGGAUAGUAAAACCGGCCGCCUCCAGCCGUGGUCGUGGCAUAUUCAUUGUCAACUCGCCCGACCAAAUACCCCAGGAUGAACAGGUUUUAGUAUCCAAAUAUGUAGCUGAUCCAUUAUGUAUUGAUGGUCAUAAAUGCGAUUUGCGUGUAUAUGUGUUGGUCACAUCCUUUGACCCACUCAUAAUAUAUCUAUACGAAGAAGGUCUGGUUAGGUUGGCCACUGUCAAGUAUGACUUGGACGCUGACAAUCUAUGGAACCCUUGUAUGCAUCUGUGCAAUUACAGUAUUAAUAAAUACCACACCGACUACAUCAAGUCCAGUGAUGCCCAUGAGGAGGACGUGGGCCACAAAUGGACUUUGUCGGCGCUAUUGAGGCAUUUGAAAUCUCAAGGUUGUGAUACUCAUAUGUUAAUGGCCAAUAUAGAAGAUUUAAUCAUCAAAUCGAUAUUCUCAUGUGCCCAAUCCAUUAUAUCGGCAUGUCGCAUGUUUGUGCCGAACGGGAACAAUUGCUUUGAGCUGUAUGGUUUUGAUAUACUCAUCGAUGAUACGUUGAAACCGUGGCUUUUGGAGGUGAAUUUAUCACCGUCUAUGGGUGUAGAUAGUCCGCUGGAUGCCAAGGUCAAAUCAUGUCUCAUAACCGAUCUCUUAACCUGUGUAGGAAUUCGCGGCGUGGGAGGUGCUAAGCGUUCUUCUGUCAGUGCAUCGGCUUGUAAAAAUUUGACUCUGGAAGAACAGCGUAUAAUUCGCAAUGCUCGUUUCCAGAAUGCUCGUCGGGGAGGAUUUGUACGCAUAUUCCCUACGGAAGAUAGCAUGUCAAGGUAUGGUAAUUUCCUCGAUUCCACAACGGGUAUACCAAUGUCAACACCCGUAUUACAAGGUCAAACCUUUCAAUCAACCCUGUCGCAACACAAUUACAAUCAACUUUUGUAUCAGCAAUUAUACGCUGGAAAGCAGAAUGGUGAUAUUAAGGAGGGCAAUUCCUUUGAGGAACGUAUGGGUCAAUACGAACGUGCUUUGGAAACAGCAACGCCCAUAUAUUUCGAUACGAAACGCAUUGAACCCAAGUGUGAAAGGAGGGUAACGUUUGCGAAAACAAGUGCUGAAAUUGAUACAGAAUGGUUCGGAGCUUACUCAGCUGCAG